AUGGCAAUUGAUUUAAAAUUCAAUGCUACGCUCACAAAAAGUGAUCCUCACUUUAAACCAGUAUUGAUUAUUGGCCAACUGAAACAUUUGAACUUACUUAAGUUUUCCGAUGUUGCUUGCAAGUUGGAGCCUCGUGUCACCGAAGACACAUUUAAUAAAGCUGUGUCCUGUUUACAUCCAUCGCCAACUGAUAAAAUAUCGUUGUAUUUGGACGUAGCCACUGUUGCUGCUGUGCCCCUUAAGUGUUCACGUCACAAUACACCAUCUCGAGCACAUGCCAUAACACGUUUGGUAAAGAAUAACGUUCUCAAUGUAAGUGAAGAAAGCAUCGUCAUAGUUUGUGAAAGGGCAGAUCUUUUCGCUAGCGCUUGCGCCGUGGUUCGAGCUUUCUCUCUAUAUUCUCGUAAGACCACUAACAAUGUUAGCAGUCCUUUGUAUAACCGAACUGGGGAUCAAGAUGUACCAAUGAAAAAUGCCGGGGACAACUCAGUCGUUAGCAUAGAAUUUGUCAUCAUUGAAAAGGAUGGAUCAGUUUCGGAGACACCUUUAGAUACUUCUGAAAUUUGCUGUUUGGAGGUUGCUGCCAAGGGUGUACAAUUAGCAGCUCGCAUAGUUGAUACUCCCUGCAAUGAAAUGAAUGUUGACCAUUUCGUAGAGGAGGCAGAAAAGAUUGGCAGUGAACUUAAUAUCAAACCUUUAGUAAUACGUGGCGAAGAACUACGAGAACGUGGUUUCGGUGGCAUCUAUGGCGUUGGAAAGGCUGCGGCUGUUCCCCCAGCAUUGGUUGUGUUGUCACAUGAACCAAAAGGUGCCCAAGAAACGAUAGCACUCGUUGGUAAGGGUAUUGUUUACGAUACUGGCGGCCUAAGCAUUAAAGGAAAGACUGCUAUGCCUGGAAUGAAACGUGAUUGUGGUGGAGCAGCAGCAAUUUUAGGUGCAUUUUAUGCGGCUGUAAAAUGUGGAUUUAAGGAAAAUCUUCAUGCUGUAUUCUGCAUGGCAGAGAACUCGGUUGGACCAAAUGCAACAAGACCCGAUGAUAUCCACACAUUAUACUCCGGACGUACGGUUGAAAUUAAUAACACUGAUGCCGAGGGUCGUUUGGUAUUGUCCGAUGGUGUUGCAUAUGCUCACAAAGAUCUAAAGGCAAACAUUAUAUUGGACAUGGCAACACUAACUGGUGCACAGGGUAUUGCUACAGGAAAAUAUCACGGUGCCAUAUUGACAAAUUCUGAAGAAUGGGAAAUUAAGUCCUUGGAAGCUGGACGUAAAUCUGGAGAUUUAUUGGCUCCCUUAGUCUACUGCCCCGAAUUGCAUUUCUCUGAAUUUGCAUCGGCCAUUGCCGACAUGAAGAAUUCUGUUUCGGAUCGCAGCAAUGCUCAAUCUUCAUGUGCUGGGUUGUUCGUAGGUGCUAACUUGGGAUUCGACUAUCCAGGUAUUUGGAUGCACGUUGAUAUGGCUACUCCUGUUCAUUGUGGUGAACGUGCCACUGGUUAUGGUGUAGCAUUGUUGCUUACCUUGUUCGGUAACCACACCAAUUGCAAAAUGUUGCAAUCGAUUGCAUGCAGCGACUCUGAACCACCAUCGAAGCGCAUUUGUCGCGACUAA